CCUCGUACAGUAUAGUGUGUAUACCGCAACGCAUCGUGACACCCAACGCCGCGCUUUCAACACACUUUCCAUGCAACGUCCGCAAAAGCAUGUUCCGACAAGCAAUGCAACCCGACCUCAGCUCAGUCAUAAAUCUCGUCCUCGUCAUCCGUACCACCUUGCGCCUGUGUCGCCAUGCCCUGCCCAGCCGUACCGCCUUGAUUUACAUGCCCGUGCGUGUGAUUGUGCGCAUGCGUAUGCACCGUCAACGGACCCAACAGCCCCAUCCCCACCAUCGGCGGCGGUGCACCGUUCACCGGAGGAAGGUUGAGGAUGCCGCCGGGUAUGCCGUGAGCGCCACCUUGAUUACCGCCGCCACCGUGACCGGGGUGGCGCGCCGACAGGCAUGACGAAUGGCGGCACUAAAUCAUCUUCUUCCAGGCUGCUGCCAGUGUUGUACUCUUUGAUAAAGCUACGGACAUAGUCAG